AUGCAGGAAGACUUCAGGUCACCCACCACCUCUGCCUUCAUCAGCCACGUGGAUCACUGCAAGGCUACUGACAACAGCCUGGAGAAGAAGAGCAGGGCCCUCACAGAUGGCAUUGGUUCUGUCUUUUGGGUUCCCUCCCUCCUCCACACUCCUACUGGCCACUGCACUGCCCCUACCAACAGCUCUGCAUGGUUCAACACCUGCUACAAGGCAGCCAUAAGGUCUCUGCUGACAGGUGCACAUCACGAGCUCUCCUCAGAUGUAGUUCAGUGGUGGCUGACCUUGCAGGGUCCUCUGAAUGGUAUCCAGCUCCAGGCCAUAAUUCAGCAGCUCUUCAAUGUCCUCUGGGCCCUGACAGCUGAUGUGUGGGACCCAUCUCACUUCGGGACUUGUGCAGUGGUGGGGAACUCCGGGCAGCUGAAAGAGUCCAUUCAUGGGCUGCUAACUGAUGCUUAUGACUGGGUGCUGACGGGUGACCUGCUGUCCCUGCCUGGUGGGACCAAGACCCUGGGAAAAUGCUCCUUUGUUUUGGGACAGGCCAUCCUGUCCUUUACGAUGAACAGAUCAAAGAUCACUGGCUUUGAGUUGGUUGCUGCCAUGAGAACAACCCAUCUCUUCAUGUGUUGCAUGUGUAUCCAGAAGAGUGCAGUGAACCCAAGGCCUGAUGUUCACCUUAUCCUUAUCCCCUUCAAACCUCUGGACCUGCAGUGGGUGACCAGUGUCUUCUCCACUGGAGAACUCAUGCGGUAUGUCACCACUGGGGGAUGGUGUCUCUUGUGCUGCACAGAGGUCUCCAUGUUUGGCUUCGGAUCAGACAGUGAAGGGAACUGGCACCACUACUGGGAAAAAAACUGCUGGUCUGGAGCCUUUCACAAGAUGAGAACCCAUGACACUGACAUUGAAUUCAGCCUCAUUGAGAGACGGGUACAUGAGGGCAGGAGUGUGUUUUACAAGUGAUGCAUUUUCAAGAAACUGGAGACAGGCUGUUUGGCCAGGAAUGGGCCAAAGGACACUGCCAGCAGCUGUCCUGGCUCUUUAGCUUGCUGCUCCACCCCACCAUCUGGGCUCACAGACCCUCCAAUUCGCAGGGUUUUGGUACUGCUUGUGCUGGUCCUACCAGCUGGGUACUGUGGGUGCCAUUCUCCCAUGGCAGUAGCAAUGCUGUGUUUAGCUGGACAUAGGGUGGGUGCAGUUCUGCCCAAGCUGGUUGGGAGUGACAAAGGGGAGAUGUUAGGGCUGGAAGUGAGCAUGGAGCCUGUGAGCUGCUGUGUGCAGCUCUGCAGGGCUGUGAAGGCAGUGGAGGACAGCAGCUCCUCAGAAGUGUCUGUUCACAUGACAGAGCUAUUUCCACCCACAGAUGGCUUUUGGGGGUGGUUUGUAGUUGUUCUUAAGAAAGGAAGAUGCCCUCCUCACCCUGCCCUGUCUUUUACUAAGACUUUUAUUUUUACAGUCCUUAACUAAGGGAAUAUUUUUUUAAUUGCAUCAAGGAAGAAUAAAAAGGGAAAAAUCAAACAUGGUGAAAGAAGACAACAGAAACAAAUACAUUUGAAAUGAUCUUAUGUUGAAUAAACUUAGGAAACACACGACCCACCACUUCCUUUGCUUUUUGACCCCUUACAACGUUGAAAAGGCAUCCCUGCAGAACAUGACCCCCCUGCAGAACAAGACUGCAGACCCUGGGGACUGAGCUCCCCAAAGGUUUUUGUCCUCCAGAGCAGGGUUAGCAGGAUGUCUUUUAUCACUUUCAAUCACUAACAUCCCUGAUUCAGACUCAGCUUUUAUCAUGGUUCUUAGUCACUUGGGCUUUCAGUCUAUUAAAAUCACCAGAACUCUUGGACUCAUAUCCUCCCUACUGAUAGCAGAAUCCUGUAUUACUUAACUAUUAGUUUCAUUAAUUUUCUGUCUCUCCAGAGAGAAUCUCCAUUUCGGUGUCUUCAAUUUCUUCUCUCCACUAUUUCCAGUUUCCCAUGAUGAGUACAAGUAUUGCACCAUCACCUUCCCUUCAUCUUUCUUUAUGUCCUCAGGUCUGUUCUGGGCAAUAAUCUCCAAUGCUUGUCCAGUUUACAAGCAAUUGGCUUUCCUAUCAAGGACAAGCCAGUCCUACAUAGGGAAGUGAUAACUGUUUCACUGUGGGUUAAACUAUUGCUGCAUUACUUCCUUUCAUCUUCUCUCUCCUACUAUUCCUAUAAAUUUAGUUACAAA